AAUCAUGUAAGGAGCAUUCGUGGAAGAGAAUGAUGGUAAUCAAAGAGGCGGAGCUCGUGUGAUACUGUUUAACAUUUCUUUCGAUAUAGCUAUGCCCAAUGCUAUGUUUCAUUAUCUGAUGCUGACAUCAAUUGUCUUCUUGAAAACAGUUUUAUUUGUUGGUGGACAUGGCAUGUGUGUCAGUAAUGUAAACAUUUACCUGGAAUCCAACAAAUACUUCAAAUCCUUCAUGCAGUUGGAUACCAUUGGAGUCCUACAGUGCAUGAAGGUAUGUAAGAGAUACAAAUUAUGUGAGAGAAUUCACCACAAUCGGGAACAACUUACUUGUGAACUCAUGAUGCCGUACGCGGAAGAGGGCAACAUGCCAUCACUUUUUGAUGUACAAUCGGUACAGUUUGACAGCUCUAACUGUUCACGUGACAGUUGUUCAGAGACGGAAGUGUGUGUCGAGAGGAGGGAUGACAGCCAUGUUUGUCAAGGUCUAUGUCCUAAAGCCGACUGGGUGCCUUUUAUCCGGAAGUGUUACUUCUUUUCCGAAAGUCAAAUGACGGCAGCCGACGGCGAGGUAUUUUGCAACUCAAGCGAUGCCACCCUUGUGAGAAUUGACAACGCUGAAGAGAACGCUUUUCUCGUAUCGGAAAUGACAAAACGUGGAAUACCGGUUAUCUGGCUUGCUGCAAACGACAGGGCUGUGGAAGGCGAAUGGGUUUGGGGGCCUGGAGAUGUAGUAUUGAAUGCUAUUUGGGGCUCGAAUGAACCUGACAACAUCAAUAACGAGGAUUGUGGCAUUUUGCAACAGAAUACGGAAACCUGGCAUGACUUGAGUUGCGAUAGUAUUAGACAUGCCGUGUGCCAGCUGACAGAUCGGGGCUGAAUUCGCUCACGUCUUUUAUCUAGUGAACUUUGACGGGAACAUAAUCGAACUUCCCCCAUCACAACACUUUAAAUCUUUACCUUAACCUUCUCUUUCCUAUCAUGUCUUUCCUUCCUUGCUUCUUUCGUUGUUCCUCUGCUUUUCAUUAUUUGUGUUGUUUUACCUUUGUCAUCCGCCCUCAUAUGAUGCUAGCUGUUUCGAAAAAGUUCAAUUCUGUUUAUAAUUUAACAAUUCUGAAAAUCAGGGAAAACAUACCUAGUGGAACUAUAAUUGAAAAGUAGAAACAUGCCUGAAACGUAGUUGAGUUGAUAAAAGAGAUUGCGUAUAUCAUUCGAUGCAUGCGUAAUUAUGAUUUCUGAAAAUUGCAUUUACAUAUAGUAGGGACUAACAAGAAGUAGGAUAUAAUUCAAUAUCAAAUUAAUCCGAACAUGAUAAUGUCAAAAUUUAUAUUAUAAUAUACUUUUGUAUCAAUAGUUGUGCCUUAUCAGGUAAAUGAGGCGCUGGAUAUGACGUUUUGUGGAUAAUCUGCUUUAACACUACUUAAGUAACGACGUAAUUGACGUCAAGAUCCGAUAAAUAACAUUAUCUCGGUGUCAUUCUAUGUUGCUGUUGACAUUGUUUCGGGAAUAAAACGAGAAAUACUGGCAAAAGUGUCAAGUAUUUUGCAAAAUUUAUCUCCACAAAUUAGAAACUUUGAGUACUAAAUUAAGAUUUGGAGAAAUACGUAGAUAGAAAUAUAUUUCUAGGGAAUUUACACACAUUAAUAUAUAUAUGUGUAUAUAUUAUUUAUAUCUUUCUGUCGUUUUGUCUCGAUAGGCUUCCCUAAGCAAUAUGAGGUAGACGAAUAUAUGUUGAAUCAACUCGCGUUUUGUACAUUCAUAAGCUGUGAUAAUCAACAUCCAGACGAAAACGUUAAUACUUACGAGUUAUCUCCCCUGAACCAUAAUUUGCAAAGAGAAAAACUGAUAUAUUUUGCAGGGUUGAAUUCAAGGAAUCAGAGCGGAAUUGUUACCAUUAAUCGUUUGCCCAAUAGAUGGUUCUCCUGCAAUGUGCUGAUCGGAAUGGACACAUUGUUUUCAUUUAUUUUCAUUUUCAUUGUUAUUCAAAUAUAGUACAUGGUUGUUAUUAUUGUUUAUUUUCUGAUAUGAUAUAAAGUUGUUUGUAAAUUUUGUAAACAGAUAGAUUGUCAUACGACAUCGCUGGUUCAGUAGAGACCGGUACGCUGUGAAUAGGGCCGAUACGUUGUAAACAGCCUAUUGACGUCUGUUGUUGCCACCAGGAUGGGGUGGGUUUGUCGAGAAGCUCUGUCCCCAGAAUCAAGACAAACAACAUUACCACGUACAUAUUGACAAUGGGUAGUGUUCCCUGGUAUAGAGUAUUAAAGGUUCCUUAUAAGUAACACUCUCCAGGGGAUAUGUAUAGUUUAUACAGCAGACAGUCUUAGGUGAGCGUAUAAGCCUUUACGUCAAUCAACGUAGUGCCUGGAUGUUGUAUAUUGAUGAAUCUGGAUGGAUGAAAGUGGGCUUGGAAAAGCAAUAAAUGAAUGUUCUAUGGUUGUUGUAUUGACAUGAUUCAUUCAUAUGUUUGUUGUUUGUGAAAUUUCUUUGCUUUCAAACUAGUUGUAGUUACAAACGUGAGAAUAAAAGAAUUCAGAUUUGUAUUAAUGACAAUUUAGGUAGAACGAUAUUGUAUUCGCAUUAAAUUUCCUAUAAAACUGGCAAACCUCAAAAUCCAUUGCUUCAGACAAAUAACCUCAUACAUGAGGCCUACAUAUGCGUUUCAGUAGAAAACGCAUAUCACAUCAUAUGAAUGAAAGCAAUGCUUUGUAUUUCGUUUAACAGUUAAAACUCACAGACGAAAGGUAAAUAUGUCUUUGUUUCAGCUAACUUUACAUAAUUAUUGGAGACAACUAGAAUUUCAAUUGAAUAGGCAUUACGUCACAAAUGAAUUAAUUAAUUCAGUUUAUGUGUGCUGACAAACAUUAUUAAUUAACGUGUUAACAUGUACAUGUGUAUACUAUAUAUAUUUGAAGCUUUAUUCAAUAAACUAUCAAAUCAAGAUUUUUCUUUCUAGAAUGACAUGGUUACAAUACACCUCCUUUACAACCUAUGGUUUCAUUGACAAACACAUUUUUCUCACGGGUAUACCUUCGGCUGUCGCUGCUGAGAAUUGUAACUUUUUAGUCUCACAAAGUCGAGCCGAUAAGCAUGGUUAGCGUAAUUUAUCUGAUUUCAUUGUGUUUUCCAGAGUGAGACCGAGAUGUACUGAAACUGUCAUGUUUCUUCAAGGUGCAAACACAAUGAUGAAAUCAUAUAGUACAUAAUCAGAUUGAAAAAUGUUAUGAAAAGAUAAUAAGACAGGAAUUUCGACGUGCAACAGGUCAAAAUAGGAAUAAUCUUUAAUAAUGUUGUUCUUAAGAUAUAAUAUAUUAUGUAUUUGUAAUUACUUUUCCAUUGUUUGUGAACAGAAUGCGGUUUCUGAUUGGCUGAGAUUAUUUUUAUACCUCUAUGAAAAAACGAAAGUGGCGUAAAAAAUGUGAUGUUUGCAAACUGUAUGGAUCCACUAAUGAAACCGAAAAAAAAAUACAUCAAUGCUUCAUUGUUUCGUGCUCUUUGUCUGUCGUGUAACUUCUUUCCAGACUAUUCUUUUUUCUCUCGCUUUAAUAACUGUUAUUAACUGUUUUACAUGAUAUUUUAUUAUUUAGUUUGUUGAAAUCCUAUGUAAACAUUUAUGUACUGAAUAUGUACCUUUUGAUUAAAAUUACCAUUUAUUAUU